CUCUCUUCACCACCACGGCGUCGCGCCUCGUUCUCUCCUUCAGACCAAACAGCUCCCGGUACGGGCUUCAGCGGCUUUUUCUUUCACUUCCGUUGUUUUCGCAACACCACGGUCCUUUGGAACCGAUUUCACACAAAUCUUUUCGAGCCAGGUGCUUUUCGACUUGGGAUUCACGCACAACAAGCCUAUUGUUCCCCGGUAACAAUAGCGGCAAGCCAACACAAAGCCCGAUUUGAUUUAUUCCUUCUGAGCAGUGCUCAAUAAGAAAAGCGACAGCCCGUCGGUCUACUACAAGUGACCGCUUUUGCUCUACGCAACCAAAACCAAACCAAAACUCGCCUAUCCGGCAUUUCUGAGCGCGCGAUCGCACAGCAGAGACCACAGAAAAAAAAAAAAAAAAGACAUCAACAUGUUCACUUACGGACUCGCCACCGGUGCCCUUGCCCUGCUUGCUGGCAGCCAGCUUGCGGCCGCCCACGCCCAGGUCGAGUUCCCGGCCCCCUUCCGGUCCAAGUUCAACCCCAAUGUCGAUUCGAGCAUGAUCGACUACAGCUACACCUCGCCCCUCGAUCCCUCGGGCGCCAACUACCCGUGCAAGGGCUACCACACCGACCUGGGCACCCCCGCCGGCAAGCCCACCGCCACCUUCGCGCCCGGAAGUGAGUACCAGUUCAAGAUGGCGGCCGGCGGUGCCCGCCACGGCGGCGGCUCGUGCCAGGUCAGCCUGAGCUACGACAAGGGCAAGACCUUCACCGUCAUCAAGUCCAUCAUCGGCGGCUGCCCCCUGGAGGACAGCUACAGCUUCACCAUCCCCGCCGACGCCCCCGAGGGCGAGGCCAUCUGGGCCUGGACCUGGAGCAACGAGAUCGGCAACCGCGAGCACUACAUGAACUGCGCCCCCGUCAUCAUCGGCAGCGAUGGCGGCAGCAGCAGCAGCAAGAAGCGCGAGGUCGCCGAGCGCGCCGACACCGCCUUCUCUUCCCGUCCCCCCGUCUUUGCCGCCAACAUCGGCAACGGCUGCACUACUGUUGAGGGUGUCGACGUCGACUACCCCCAGCCCGGUCCCGAUGUCGUGAGGAGCGGUGACAAGAUCGGCCCUCCCAGCGGUAACUGCGGCCCUACCUCUGGCUCUGGUUCUGGUUCCGGUUCUGGCUCCGACUCCGGCUCCGGCUCCGGCUCCGGCUCUGGCUCUGGCUCUGGCUCUGGCUCCAGCUCCCCUACUACGACGAGCGCUGCGCAGGUCACGAGCGCUCCCGCUGCUCCCACCACCUCCAGUGCCGCCGGUGGCCUUCCUGGUGGCGUCUUCAUCACUCCCUCCAGCCCCAGCGAGACCACUCUGUCGACCAAGACCUCGGCCGCCGUCCUGCCCACCGGCACCGGCACCGGCUCGGGCUCGGGCUCGGGCUCGGGCUCGGGCUCCGGAUCCGGCAACACCGCCGGCGCGCAGGCCCAGGGCACGCCCUGCACCGAGGAGGGCGCGUGGAACUGCAUCGGCGGCACCCAGUUCCAGCGCUGCGCCAGCGGCGUCUGGUCCGCCCCGCAGCCCGUCUCGGCCGGCACCGUGUGCAAGACCGGCCAGAGCGGCAGCCUCACCAUCGAGGCCGCGACCUCCAAGCUGCGCGUCCGCCGCGUCCGCCGCGGCUCUGCCAAGGUCAGGCUCGCUUAAGCGAGUCCCGUCCCCGCGCUGUAUAUUCGUCUUUUUUGCGUCUUUUUUUUUUUCCACAAAGCAUUUCAAUUCGUCCCGGUUUCGACUGCCUGUGUGAAUCCUCUCUUGAUCGGGAAGGGUGUUUAAAACCGUUGGCGGCUUGAAUUCCGGCGUUGGCUCCGGAGGGGGGGAGGGGGGCAAACUUUGGCUUUCUUUUUUGUUCCUCUUCUUCCCUUCCGGCCAACUUUUUAAAACUUGCAUGAGUUGAUUUGCUUCGCUUCUAUACCCCGUUGGCUAGACUGCUUUCUAUCUGUCACAGGGAUGAUGGGGGAGGGCAGGUUUUGGUCAACUUUGGUGUCAUUCGUUCAUUGAGACAUAGGGAUGGCAAGAUUCUUCUCUUUUUUUUUUCCCACAAGCCCUUUCGUCAGGCGUUUGACUUUGGAUCUUGACUGGGAAAGGGGCACUUGGGGGACCGUGUU